ACAAAGAAAAUUGGAAGUUCAUUGCAACAACCUUAAACAAGAGUGGUAACACUUUUGACACAACAAGGUCUAUGGUAAUCAUAUCAGAAUCAGAGAAGGAAAAACUAAAGGAUAGAGCAAGGAGGCUCCUUUCAAAGCCCAUCAAAUUCUUCAAUGAAAUGCAGGAGCUAUUCCUUGAUAGUAGUGCUGAUGGAUCUCUUGCCAUGGAUGCUACUACUUGCCUAAAUGAAAGUCAACCUGUCGAUGAUAAUGAUAAUGAUGAUGACAUAUGCAAUGAUGUCUCCAACUAUGGUCAACCUGAGGAUGACCUAGGUGUGACUCUGACACUUUACCAUCUCCUAAAAUUCCAUCUCAAGUUAUCGAUCAGAGCUCAUCUAGCUCUGGAAUCAAGCGUCCAAGAGGAGAUGCCAUACCAGUCAAAAGAGAUGUGAGACCACGGAGCCGCAUGGCAAAGAUAGGAGAUGAAAUCAACACUACUUUGAUGGAUCUCCGGAACGAACUUAAACAACCACCACCUCCACCUGUUAUACCUUCUUUGAACUCUGAUGCCGAAUUAUGGCAAAGGCUUGAAAAAAUGACAUUGACUACUGAUCAAAAACUGAUAGUUGGGACAAUUCUAGCAUCAAAGGAUCAAAAGGGCAUGCGUGGUUUCUUAUCCGCUUCAGCUGAAACAAUAUUUCAGUCAUGGGUAUUCAAGUUUUUGAGUGAUUCAACACUACUGUGAAGUGAUUAG